AUGGGCGUGCGGGCUGCGCAUUGGCGGCCCCGCCGUCCAUCAGGCAGCGGCGGACUGCGUCAGGUUCGGUUGAGCGGCGUCCCUUUGCCUGCCUGUGUCUGGCGGCGGCUGCGGCUGCGGGGCCGGCGGGCGGAGGGGCGCAGCGGAGGGCGGCCCGCUCCCUCGCUCGCUAAGAUGGCGGCGGCGGCGGCGGCGGCCGUGGCGCGGCUGGAGGGCCGGGAGUUCGAGUACCUCAUGAAGAAGCGCUCGGUGACCAUCGGCCGCAACUCGUCGCAGGGCUCGGUGGACGUGAGCAUGGGCCACUCUAGCUUCAUCUCCCGGCGCCACCUGGAGAUCUUCACCGCUGCUCCCCCGCCGCCGCCACCGGCCGGCGCGGACGGGCCGCCGCCUCCGCCUCAGGGGGACCCGGCAGCUGCCAUCGGCGGCGGCGGAGGGGACUUCUACCUGCGCUGCCUCGGCAAGAACGGCGUCUUCGUGGACGGCGUGUUCCAGAGGCGGGGGGCACCGCCGCUGCAGCUGCCCCGAGUCUGUACUUUCAGGUUUCCCAGCACAAACAUCAAGAUAACUUUCACAGCUCUGUCCAAUGAAAAGAGAGAAAAACAGGAGGCCCCGGAGUCCCCUGUGAAGCCUGUGCAACCCCAGAUCUCUCCCUUAACAAUAAACAUUCCAGACAACAUGGCUCACCUGAUCAGCCCUCUCCCUUCUCCCACAGGAACUAUCAGUGCUGCAAAUUCCUGCCCAUCUAGCCCCCGUGGUGCAGGCUCUUCAGGGUACAAAAUGAGUCGUGUAAUACCAUCUGACCUACAUUUAAUGGCUGACAAUUCACAGUCAGAAAAUGACAAGGAAGCAUCGGGUGGAGAUAGCCCAAAGGACGACUCUAAGCCACCUUACUCCUAUGCACAGCUAAUAGUACAAGCAAUUACAAUGGCACCUGAUAAGCAGCUUACACUAAAUGGAAUUUAUACGCACAUAACUAAAAAUUAUCCGUACUACAGGACGGCAGACAAGGGCUGGCAGAAUUCAAUACGUCACAAUCUCUCUCUGAAUCGUUAUUUCAUCAAAGUACCACGUUCCCAGGAAGAACCAGGCAAAGGCUCAUUCUGGAGGAUAGACCCUGCCUCUGAAAGCAAAUUAAUAGAGCAGGCUUUUAGGAAAAGGCGGCCUAGGGGAGUACCUUGCUUUAGAACCCCUCUGGGACCACUCUCUUCUAGAAGUGCCCCAGCUUCUCCUAAUCACUCUGGAGUGUUGUCUGCGCACUCCAGUGGAGUCCAGACCCCCGAGAGUCUGUCCAGGGAAGGAUCUCCAGUCCCAAUGGAACCUGAGCCUAGUGCUAUCCAGCCAAAACUAGCGGUAAUACAAGAAGCGCGAUUUGCACAGAGUGCCCCAGGAUCACCUCUAUCUAGCCAACCAGUUUUAAUUACUGUACAACGGCAGCUACCGCAAACUAUUAAACCCGUCACCUACACUGUUGCAACUCCUGUGACGACAUCAACAUCCCAGCAGCCUGUAGUUCAGACAGUUCAUGUAGUCCACCAGAUACCAGCUGUGUCUGUCACAAAUGUGACUGGAUUAGCACCAGCAAACACUUACACUGUAGCUGGACAGGCAGUAGUCACGCAAGCUGCGAUGGUAACCCAGCCUAAGGUAGAACCUCAAGAGAAUGGAGACCACAAGGAAGUAAAAGUUAAAGUGGAGCCUAUACCUGCUAUUAGUCAUGCUACAAUAGGAGCUGCUAGUCGUAUCAUUCAGACAUCUCAGACCACACCCUUACAGACAGUUACUAUAGUGCAACAGGCACCUCUAGGUCAACACCAGCUACCAAUAAAAACUGUAACGCAGAACGGAACGCACAUAGUACCUAUCACCACUGCGAUACAAGGACAGGGCAAUGCUGCUGCUGCGAGUCCUUUGCAUAUGUUAGCAACCCAUGCAUCUGCAUCGGCAUCUCUUCCAACAAAGCGCCAGAAUGGAGACCAGUCAGAACAGCAGGAACUCAAACGUAUCAAAACAGAAGAUGGAGAGAGCAUAGUCAUAGCUGUUAAUGUGGACACCCCAUCUGUGGCAGUGAGUGAUAAAGGCAGCCAGAACUAGAAACUUAGGGGAGUUUUCUUUUUUUUAAAAAAAAAAAUAAACUCCAUGGUGCCAAAAGGAGACACUUAAAUAUAACACCUAAAAUGUUGGAACAUGUUCUCACGCAGUGGGGAAAGGGGCCCUGUGAUCAGACUUCAACUUUCAGCACUGAAAAAAAACCAACACAGGUGGCCUUAAAACUUGGUAAUUUAAAGUCAAACUGCAAAACAUCUUGUUCCAGAGGCUGUGACCCCCCGCUCCUCCCUGCCCCCUACCGAACUGUGUACACUGAGAAAUACAGUGUUGGGGAGGGCUGCAGCUUUAAAAAAAUCUUUAUCAGAUUAUUUUAAGGACUGAGUAUCUCAGUGUAACGGCAGCAUGAUAAGCGCUUAGUGUGAACUGGUUUCAAACGAUUGUAUAUUCCUUAAAGGGAACAGAGGCAAGGAGCCAUUUCCUACAUCUUGGCAGCUAGCCUUUCAUAAUGACCUACCCGAUGCAGUUGUUGGUAGAUAUGCAGUAUUUUGUUGUUCACAUGUGGAAUUAGAAAUUUUUGAGGUGUAUUUUCAUUUCUUUGCAAAAUAAUGGGGUCUUUGACAUUUCAAAUCACUCCAUUUCUACUCCGGAAACUUUGGAAUCACACAAUACUUUUCAUGUGAAAUUUUGUUUGGUAUAAAACUGAAUGUAGGGUUUUUUUAACCAAUGGAAUGAUUUACUUUUGUCUGUCCUGUUAAAGUUCAGAUAAAGCUACUUUAUUACAUCUGCAAAUUUUCAUAUUUUAGCAGUUGCCUGAUAAAUUUAAUCAAAUUUUAUUACCAUGUGUAGUGAUCAAAUGCUUCUUUGGGCUUGCAUGUAACUGAUUAGAAAUUACAAUGUAAAUGAGCCGUUAACUGACGUAAAGAACUGCUAUGAAUUUGACCAGAGCUGCACUUACCUGUUUCUCUUUCUGCUACCUUUUGCUGUUUGUUACUUUGUGUUGACUUUGACUGUCCCUGGCAUAUUUUUCCAGUCUAAAGUAAAACAAGAGUCUCGCUUAAUAUUGUGUAUGUUUAAGAUAACAGACUGUUCUUCAUUUAGAAAGAUGAAAUUCUUUAUCACAAGUCCUUUUAAAAAGAGUAAAAUUAUCUUGUCAGAGGUAUAUUCGAUAUUUUUAAGCUUAAGCACCCAUCAGUAGAAAUUAAUCUGACCAGUUUCUCCGUAACACUUUUGAUGUCAUACACUGACCUUUUGGGGUCUCCAUUAAGAGUAGCUGUUGUGGUUUUCUAACAGUGGCUACCGUAUUAUUAUAAUAAUUUUUUUUUUUAAGUGUGUGUUCUGCAGUUGAACAUUUUAAAAUGUAUUGGUAAUUUCUCACUUUAAUUGUGGUAAUAGAUUCCACUUUACAUUUCAAAAUUAAAUUUAAACGUAAGGCUGCUGUUCAGUCUUUAAUUCACAUAACGUCUUAUUUCCUCAUGCAGUAAGGUGAGUGAAAGCUAGAUAGUUGGCUUAAUUUGAAUCUGAUUUUUGUCAUUUUCUGUAAUAAUGAUGCAUUAUUUAUAUUUCCUUUCCCACUACGAAAGGAAAAACUGUAUUUUCAUGAUGGACUGAACAGUUUGGAGUGGUUUAUUUAGGCAGCUUUUGGGAACUAUUUACCUAAAGACCAAAUAUGAGAAAUCUGUACAAGUUUUGUGUUCAUCCACAAAAUGGAACUGUUACGAUGUCUCUGCAGAUAAUACAUAUUAAAAAACUAUGAAAAAAAAACUCUACACAAGCUGAAUUUAUAACAGGCAUUUAAAAAAAAGCAUAACCUGAAAAGAAACAUUUCUGUAAAAUUGCAACAUUUUCUUUAGAGGUUUUAAAAAUAAAAAAAGUAAAGUUUUAACAUACUUUUUUUAAGAAAAAAAUCCAGUACUAGUAAUUUAAUUUGGUGUUGAAUGAAUUGACUAGAAUGUGGUUUAUUUUCAGAAGUGAGAAUCUGUUCACAACUAGGGCUAGGUGAAUAAUAGUGUAUAAGAUUUUUUUAAAUAAAAUUAAAUUUUAUUCAGCAAAUUAA